CACAACAGCUGACAGCCAAAGGCCAACAAACAGACAGGCAAAACUUUGAUUGACAUUUCAAUUAAAUUAUAGACAAACUGGGUGUCGCUGGCGGCGAUGUUUCGGGUGCAGAAAGUUUUGCUGGCCGAAUUCGAGGAGAUCUACGAGCCGGUGCUGGUGGAGAAUCCCUUCACCCUGGUGGAUAUCCGCGGAGUGGGACUGCGCCAAUAUCAUAUAGGCCUCACCUGCAAUUGCCUGCUCUUUGGCUGCGACAACUUCUCCAAGUACGAGGAUGAGCCGAGUUUCGUGGACGGCGGAUUGGAUCCGGAAAUCGAGAGUUUCGAGCUGGUCAGCAUACUGCCGCUGCAGUUAGUCCGGUUUCACUUUUUCCGAAAGGCUAACCGGUAUCUCAUGAUGCUGAACAUGGUCGCGUCGCUGGGAAAACAAACGAUGCUGGAGCACCCGAUGAUCUUUGAGUUUGGCGGACAUAUCUACAAGCAGCACUUCUGGCACACCUGGCGGGAGCGGGUGGCCACCAUCCGGGUGAUGCAGCCCCUCUAUGGCCAGAUAACCGGCUCCUCGCCCUUCUCCAGCAGCGAUGUCCAGCUGGACGAGGAGCCCACCGUGCAGGUGCAGGUGCAUCCUGUCCCAAGGACGCCCUCCGUUUACAAUGCCUGCCAUGCGGCAGUCGGGGAUUUUGGCUAGCCAGCGUAAGAGGCUUUUGCCCAGUUUCCAUUUUCGGCCAAAGGAUUGGGCCCUAAGUUUCUAUAAACAGAUUAAACCAGUUUCCAUUUGGUUGCUGGACCUAAACUUUCAAUUUGGCCAGCAGCCUGUUUAUUUAUUUAUAUUAAAAGCAAAUCACUCUUCCCACCUAAAGACAAGCUAUUUAUAGUUAGCUAGCUAAAAAGCUUCAAGCUUAAAUAGUAGGAACUGAUUCUUUUCGGUUCCUUUAAAGCGCAAAAUAUGAAACUGUUAAUUUUUUUUUAAACUAUCUACUUUGUAGUCAUUUUAAGCAGGAUUUUGAAUAAAACAGAAAUGAUUUGGUGCUAGAUUUAAAAUUA